ACAAAAGACAGCAGGGCGAUGGAGCCGCAACAGAUCAGAGAGGGAUAUUUGGUCAAAAAGGGCACCCUGCUAAACUCCUGGAAGGCAGUGUGGGUGGUGCUGUCAGAUGACGGAGUUGAGUUCUAUAAAAAGAAAUCAGACAGUUCCCCCAAAGGAAUGAUACCUCUGAAGGGAGCAACACUCAACAGUCCUUGCCAGGAUUUUGGCAAGAGAACGAUGGUUUUCAAAUUGAGCACAGAAAAGAAGCAGGAUCAUUUCUUCCAAGCCUCUCAUGUGGAGGAAAGAGAGUUGUGGGUCAAAGACAUUAGGAGGGCCAUUACCUGCCUGCAAGGGGGCAAGACGUUUGCCAGGAAGUCCACAAGGAGGUCCAUUCGCCUGCCCAACACUGUCAACCUGAAUGAGCUGUUCUUGCUGAUGAAAGACCAGGAUGACGGAGUGAGAGAGUUAAAAUUGGAGAAGGAGAAGAAACUAUACCACCACUGCUUCACCGGUGCCACCGUAGUAGAGUGGUUGAUUUCUAAGGAGAAAGCAAGAAAUAAGCCUGAGGCGCUUAUGUUGGCAACAGGGCUCCUGAAUGAGGGUUUCCUCCAGCCAGCAGAGGAACUGUCCAAGCAAGGAGCUUUGGAAGCAAUGGCAUCAGUCUUCAUGGAUGAGCCAGAUGCUUUUUAUUACUUUGCAGACAGCGGGUUUUUCUGCGAGGGCUACUCCAGUGAUGAAGAUGUGAUCGUGAAGGAGGAGUUCAGGGGGAACAUUGUAAAACAGGGCUGCUUGCUGAAGCAGGGACACAGGAGGAAAAACUGGAAAGUGCGAAAAUUCAUACUGAGAGAUGACCCUGCCUAUAUUCAUUAUUAUGACCCUGCAAAGGGUGAUGAGUACCCUCUGGGUUCGAUCCAUCUUCGUGCUUCCGUUGUAACAGCAGCGGAGUUCGUGCCUGAUGCCAAGAGGUAUGAAGUUGACGGCAAUCUCUUUGAGAUCAUCACAUCAGAUGAGACUCACUACUUCCUGCAAGCAGCCACAGCCGAGGAAAGGAGCGAUUGGAUCAAAGCAAUACAGACCGUGUCAAGAAGUGGAAAAUGACACACACAGCGAGGCAACAGAAGAAAAAAAAGAGAAAAUCUUUCACAAAGUAUAUGGACAAAAGAUUCAAUGUGGAAGAAAUGCCGUUAACAGUUGAUUUAGACGACAGUGGGCGACACGCUGAAACUAAUUCUGAUAGUUAUUUGCAAUAGGUAUCUUUUCAUUUGCUUGUUAUUAUUUUAAUUUCCUAUUUUUGACAAACACACAGCUUCAAUAUAUGACUGCAGAGCAAAGAGAAGUUACAAAGCUGGAAGGGGAGUUUUGGUGAGAGGCCCAAUUUCCUGACCAAUGUGGGUUUCCUAUAAUUUCCUCCAGGCUCAUCUGUUUCACAAAAGUUGCAGAUAUUAAUAAUCAUGUGGUCCCAUUCUGCUUGGGAGACUACACUUUCUCUGAAUCAUAUCCUGCCUUUCAAUUUUGCUGUCAGUUUGUGGUUCCCAGACCAGCCAGGCGUUAUCUCGGUUAAAUGUACCCCUUAAAGAUAAAAUUGAUGUUUUGGUUGAAAAUAAGUUUACUAUGCUGUGGCAUUAUGACUUGGUUGCAACAUCUAUUACUACAAAGCUUUCUGUUGAAAAAUGCUGAAUAAUGUUAUUGUACCAAUGUCUGGCUGUCUUUCCCCUUUCAACACAGAUUAGGCUUGUAACUAUCCAGGCAAGAUGUGCCUCGCGACACACAAAGGCAGUUCUUGUCAAAUAUACAAAAAAAAAAUUCAACAAAUGAAUCAGAUAGUUGGUGCAAAAUUUGUGUAAUGUGAAUCAUGAAAUGUGUGGAAUACGGCUGCGAUUGCAUGCACUUCUGGGCCCUCGUGUGUGGGUAGUGUAUUUGGACACAGGAGGGCGCUAUAAAUCAAGCUAUGCUAUUUGCAAUGAUUUGUUUGGCUGAUAGGGUUCAGCUACAUGUUUAACAAGUUGUUUUCUGUAAUCACAAAACGUAGUGAAAACUAGGUCACAUUAAUCAAAAUGUAUCUACACUUGGUGAAUUUAAUGAAUACAUGUCAUGAAAUGACGUUAAACAAGACCUCAUGGCAUCAUUUCAGGUCUCUGAGAGACUGAAAAGGUUUUGUUGCAUCACAUAUUUACAAUUAACAUAUUUAGUGCAUGCUCUACUGUAGGGUGGAAAACUGGAGCAUCUUUUUGUCUCUGUUUAUAAAGAUUACAAGAAGCAUAUAUGAACUGAAUUUGCAUUACACGUAAGUGACUGUAUUGAUGCUGUAGCUAAAGGAAAAUUCUGCUAAAUCAGUACCCUUUUAAAUUGAAAUUCCAGCCAUUUUCUGCUAUUGAGCAGCAAGAAAAUAAAACGGGUGCAGUCACGCUGAGCUGCAUGUGACUCUUUCCAAGUUGCAAUGAGGAUGUUGUGCACACUAUAUGGACUUGGAUUCAACCUCUUUGUUGCAAACACUUGUUGGAUUCAGUGAAACAAACUUGAAUGUUGAUAGUACAGCCAUUCGAAGUUAUUUCUACUUGAUGGAGCUCAAAAGAGUUGAGAGAUAGGACAUCCUUUUUUCUCCUAUACUAUACAAGGCAUGAAGGACCAAUUUUUUGGAGUCUAAAUAUAGAUAUUAUCUUAUACAUUUAUGAAACUGACACAGCUGACACACCAUAGCUAUAAUUUACAUGCAUCGAUUUGCUGUUGGCUGUUGUCAUUUUGCUUCACAAUAUUAG